CUAAAUUCUAUAAAAGCGGCAAAAGUCAUAAACAAAUUUGGUUUCUCCGAGUGUCUGUGAAGGGGACAUCAUCAGCAGAGUCUGUGGAUCAGGAUCUGAGUCAGAACUGAGUCCGGACCCAAAGAGAGGAAUGGGAAACACCGAGUCUAAACUGCGCUUCAGGAAAGCUGUGAUCCAGCUGACCACCAGAACACAGCCUGUGGAGGCCUCAGACGACGCCUUCUGGGACCAGUUCUGGGGGGACACGUCCACCACGGUCCAGGACAUCUUCGCUCUGGUGCCUGCCGCAGAGAUACGAGCUGUUAGGGAGGAGUCGCCGUCCAACCUGGCAACGCUCUGUUACAAGGCGGUGGAGAAGUUGGUCCAGGCUGCAGACUCCGGCUGUCCCUCACAGAAGGAGCGUCACAUGGUCCUGAACUGCACCCGUCUGCUCACUCGAAUUCUGCCCUACAUCUUUGAAGACGCCGACUGGAGAGGGUUCUUCUGGUCCACGGUGCCUGGUGCUGGAAGAGCUGGGCGUCUAGAUGACGAUGGUGAAGAUGAGGCUGAACCUCGACCUCUGGCUGAGUCUCUGCUGUUGGCCGUCUCUGACCUCCUCUUCUGUCCAGACUUUACAGUGCAGCAGGAAAAGAAAAGCAAAUCUGACCCGGCCGUAGACGUUCGCUCCAUCGACAGUUGCGAGUACAUCUGGGAGGCGGGCGUCGGCUUCGCUCAGUCUCCUCCCUUCAACUAUGUUCAUGACCAGAACAGAACGGAGCUGCUGAAGCUGCUCCUCACCUGUUUCUCUGAAGCCAUGUACCUGCCUCCCCCCUCUGAGCCCAGACACCUGAACCCCUGGGUCUCCUUCUUCUGCUCCUCAGACAACAGACACGCCCUCCCCCUCUUCACCUCCCUCCUGAAUGUGGUCUGUGCCUAUGAUCCGGUGGGAUACGGAAUUCCCUACAAUCACCUCCUGUUUUCCGACCAACGGGAGCAGCUGGUGGAGCAGUCUCUCCAGAUCCUGAUUGUCACUUUGGAGCAAGAAGGAAAAUCAGCUGCUGGCGCCGCCCUGCAGGCUCUAGAUCCUGAUGCACCUCCUGAAGCUGAGGAGGAGCAGGAGAGUUCCUCAAACGGAGUGGAGAACCUGUUUGUGAACUAUCUGUCCAGGAUCCACAGAGAGGAGGUAGUCGUUCACAAAAUCAUCAGCAGUGGCCACCAGCGUCUGAAGCCUCUCUACGACUGCCUGCUCACCAUCAUCGUCAACAUCUCACCGUACCUGAAGAGUCUGUCCAUGGUCGCCGCUAACAAACUGCUCCACCUGCUGGAGGCCUUCACCACUCCCUGGUUCCUCUUCACCUCCCCACAGAACCACCUGCUGGUCUUCUUCCUGCUGGAGGUCUUCAACAACAUCAUCCAGUACCAGUUUGAUGGAAACUACAACCUGGUCUACACCAUCAUCAGGAAGAGGAACGUCUUCCACCAUCUGGCCAACCUGCCCUCAGACGCUGACACCAUCCAGAAGGUUCUGCAGAAGAGCCGCAUGUCCAGGCUCUCCAGCUCGAACUCCAACCAAGAUCAGUUGAUGGAAGGUUCUAGACCUGCUGGAGCCGCAGAACCAGGGACGUUGAAAACCAGUUUGGAGGCAACACCAGGAAUCGAUACCAUCACAGAAAAGGCCCAGGUGAGCACUAACGGUACCACGGUGACAGUUCCUACUGCAGACAGCAACCGAAGCGUAACAGGAGGAGCCAGUGACACGAAGUCAGACUCAGAGAAAGAUCCGGAUGUUUCUCACGCAGAUUUACAGUUGGUCAGGAGUCGUUCGAUGAGUGGGUCGACAUCGUCAGCGGCGCCCCCUAUAAGUCCAGACUGGGUGAUGUCGUGGAAGAGCAGACUUCCUCUGCAGACCAUCAUGAGGCUCCUGCAGGUGCUGGUACCACAGGUCGAGAAGAUCUGCAUCGACAAAGGUCUGACAGACGAGUCAGAAAUCCUCCGGUUCCUUCAACACGGAACGUUGGUUGGACUGUUGCCAAUUCCACAUCCCAUUCUGAUCAGGAAGUACCAGGCCAACAACAGCACCACCCUGUGGUUCAGAACCUACAUGUGGGGAGUCGUGUAUUUACGGAACGUUGAUCCUCCAAUCUGGUACGACACCGACAUCCGUCUGUUUGAGAUCCAGAGGAUUUAGAGGAACUCAGCCGCUGACUCCUGGUUCUUCAACAGUUCUGGAUUCUUCUACUCUCUCUUCCUGUUAAUGAAGACGUUCGUGGAACAAAUUUAUUUUAUUUUUAAUUUUAAUUUUACCGUUUGUUCAGUUUGUAGUAAAAGAGACGUUUUCGCUCCAAAAGUUGUCUUGAAGUUCAGGAGAAACAGUUUUUUUUGUCAUUGUUUUGUGCGUAAAGUUGUAAAAACCUGGAGGGACUUUGAACUGAACUGGAGACAGAGACAGAGGUCUGUCCUACCAGAACUCUGGACCAGAACGGAGUCUGGAAAGUGUCAGAAAAUGUUUUGUUUCUGCUUAAAGAGCGAGAAAGAAUGUGUGAGAACUGUGAAUAUAUCAGAACCAAAACCAGGUUCAGUAA